GCCUCAGAGACCGACUGACUGGCGAAGACUUGACAGGAGUAUCACCAGAGGGAGGGUUGAAUGGAGAAGAGCCCACUGCCCCCUCUCUGACUGUCUCUGCUGUCAUUCUGCUGCCUGUGGCCCCCACACUCACAGCCCAAUGUCAGGCCGCAGGGUGGGCUUCUGUCUGAGCGACAAGAAGCGCAGGAGGAUGAACCUGGACGCCUUUGUAGAGUUCUGUGCGGGGCAUGGAGUGGAGGUGGUGGAGAUUGACCUCACUCAGCCGCUGGUGCCACAGGGACCCUUUGACGUCAUCGUCCACAAGCUGUCUGAUGUCAUCGUGGAGGCUGAGUAUGACAGCAAAUCACAGCAGCUCCUGACCAACUUCCAGAGCUAUGUAUCCGCUCAUCCCAGUACAGUUCUUCUGGACCCCCUACCUGCCAUGACCCAGCUUCUAGACCGCUUUGCAUCUUACCAGAUCAUGAGCAAGCUGCGCAAUUCACUACGAGACUGGCGGAUCUGCAGUCCUCCUUACCUGGAGAUCCACAGCAGCAGUGACCUGCCAUCCAUUCAGCAGACUGUGAUGACACAGGGCCUGAGUUUUCCUCUCAUCUGCAAAACCAGAGUGGCACACGGCUUGCUCUCCCACGAGAUGUCCCUGAUCUUCAGUGCAGGCAGUCUGAAUGAUGUCCAUCCGCCCUGUGUGCUCCAGAGCUUCGUCAACCACGGGGCUGUGCUGCACAAGGUGUUUGUGGUGGGAGAGCGACACUUCUGUGUCGACAGACCUUCACUCAAGAACUUCCCCCCCGGUCCCUGUGACAGAGAAACAAUCUUCUUCAACAGCCAUCAGGUGUCCAAACCCGAGUCCAGCUCUAAUCUCACAGAACUGGAUGAACAGAUGCCAUGCCUGCCUCCACCCAGCUCUGAAGCCGUGGCUGCCCUGGUCAGAGAGCUCCGAGCCCAGCUCGGCAUGGCUCUAUUUGGUGUGGACGUCAUCAUCAACAUACAAACGCACACUCUCACCGUCAUUGACAUCAACAUUUUUCCAGGCUACGAGGGAGUGCCACAGUUCUUCUCCUCUCUGCUCGGCCACAUCCAGUCAGUGUUGGACCAGAAGACCUGCUCUGCUCCCCGGGCUUCUGACUCUCCUGAACCAACAAAGACAACAAGUGCUGCGACCUCCAGUAUUUCAGUUACCUCAGAAACCGACUUUCCUGUGUCAUCUUCUUCACGGGACAUAUAAACUCCUCAGUUUCAUUCAUAAAAAGCUUUAUAUUUUUAAUUUGUGCCUUGACUUCAUUCUAAAAAUCACACUAACCUUUUUUUUUCAUGUGAACUGACUCUGCCGUGGUUUCUAACAGACAAACCAAACAGACCACACAUUACAGUUUAAUUCAGUUUGGGUUUAUUGAUUGACAGGUAGCAUAGAAGAAGAUACAGCAGGCACAAAAUACAGCACUCUGAUUGGCCAGUAAUAUUACAAAUGGUGUUGUUAUCCUGUUGUUUGAAAUGUCCUCUGUGCCCCUAUGACGACCCCCCCACACAGACAUCUCUACAUCUUUCUUGCUGGUUUGUUUGUUACACAUUCUUCAAACAUGUUGCACUUCUAUAGAAAAAGAAAACAACAGUACUUUAAUGUUUUUAAAUGUUCUAAAGUGAGCAAAUCUCUCCUCUUUGGAAUAGACAGUAAUGAGCUCCUCAGUGUGGACUUGUUAUGUGUUAUUAGAACCUGUUUAGUGUGUGGUAAGUCUUGGCCGUGUAGAAAAAGAGAGUUACGAGUACAAUAUGAUGCACUUUGAUUACAUAUUAAAAUACAUAAAAUAAUUCA